AUGCUUGCCACAAUAGGUCGCUGGAGGACUGUUUCUGGAAGCAUUAGGGCGGCAAGAGCGUUGUCCGUUGCACUUCGAGCACCGGCAGCUGUCGUGGCUCGCGAGCAGGCCUCCAGCGUCAGUGUAAAGCGCACAAGCCUGCCUGGGGGCAGCACUCUACUGAGAAACACUUCUGCCCAGUCUCUGCUCGCUUCGUCCGCGCUCAACGUUUCAUCAACUCGAGAGGAACGUUUGGCAAGGCACGUUGGGUCUGGACGUGUUCAGAGAGCGGUAACGCUGGCGGCUGCGUGCGCGCCGCGUCCUCGGGCAGUGCUCCCGAGUGCUGGAUCGAACCAGAACUUUUGCACAGCGUUAAGGAAACUAGGUACCGCCUGUCUCUACCAACAGCCACAGCCGUGGCACCACACAACGAUUCUGGCUGUGCGGAAAAGUGGCCAAGUGUGUCUGGUCGGCGAUGGGCAGGUAUCCAUGGGUGAAACCAUUCUCAAGGCGAAUGCACGCAAGGUACGGCGCCUAGGCGACUCGGUUAUUGCGGGCUUUUCUGGUGCCACUGCGGAUGCGUUGACGCUUUUCGAGCGGUUGGAACAAAAACUUGAGGCGUACCCAGACCAGUUGCUGCGAGCAUCUGUCGAACUCGCAAAGGAAUGGCGUCAAGACAAGGCCUUGCGACGUCUCGAUGCGCUUCUUCUGGUCGCUGACCGUUCGAUAACGCUCACGCUCACGGGCACCGGGGACGUGCUGGAGCCCAGUGACGGCGUCAUGGCCAUCGGCAGCGGUGGUAUGUACGCCCUGGCGGCUGCGAGGGCACUUCUGGAGCUGGAAGACUGGACGGCGGAGCGAAUCGCUCGACGAGCUAUGCAGAUUGCCUCAGAAAUAUGUGUAUUUACGAACGAGCAACUAACAUGUGAAGUGCUCAGUGGUGCAUGA